AUGCUCCCGCCGCGUCCUCGGCGCACUGGAAGCCCAGCCGGGUCCCAGCGCGGGGCGGUCCCCCGGGUCACGUGGCCCCGGCGCGGGGCGGUCCCCCGGGUCACGUGGCCCCGGCGAGGGAGGACGCACGCAGGUCCCUCUCGCUCGCCCCGUCCCGCUGGCCGCGAGAAGGCUGCACCAGACGCCCUGCAAGUAGCGGCCGCGGUGCAUCCGGGGAAGGGCGCAGCCUGUGGCGCCAUGUCCGUCACGCUGCCGGCCGUUGUGGAGGAGCUCCUGAGCGACAUGGCCGCGGCGGUGCGGGAGAGUGGACGAAUUCCUGAUGAGCAUCUAUUAUCGCUCAAGUUUGUCUUUGGCUCCUCAGCCAUCCAGGCCUUGGACCUCGUUGACCGACAGUCCAUCACCUUAAUCUCAUCUCCCAGUGGGAGGCGUGUAUUCCAGGUACUUGGAAGUUCUGGUAAAACAUAUACAUGUCUGGCCUCUUGUCAUUACUGCUCAUGUCCUGCCUUUGCCUUCUCAGUGCUACGGAAGAGCGACAGCCUACUGUGCAAGCAUCUCUUGGCAGUUUACCUCAGUCAGGUAACCGGGGCCUGCCAGCAGCUAAGCGUCUCUGACGAGCAGUUGACUGACAUAUUAUUGACUGAGGCGGAACAAGAGCAUAAAGCUACAGACUGAGCACCAUCGUCUUUCAAAACAGAAGCCUUGUCCAGAAAUGUUUUAAAUUGUCAGGGUUCACACGGGAAGAGAGCUGAAAUGGUUCUUCCAGAGGCUUCUUGCUGCUGUGACACACCUGUGCCUUUUCCUGCCUGGCCUGCAGGAGGAGCUGUGGAGUAGAACCCGCGGUGAAUGCUUAGAAUCCCUAUACAGGUCUUCUAGUCUCUGAGCCCUGGGGGUAAAAAAUUUCCCUGGAUGGACUCAAGCAUUUUGUAUUCAAGUAAAGUCUAAUGUGGUAUCCACAGUUGGUUAGAUUCUCAAGUUACUGAACUACUAGUAAUUUAAAAAGUGCUGGAGUGGUAGACCAAACUGAGUAGGGUGAAGUUUAAAAAAGAAAGCGGUACUUCUUUUCCUUGGGUCCAGAAAAUUAUUCUGCAGCGAUCAAAGAUUGAAGCAGAGAGGUAUGACUAACCAGCAGCGAGACUAAAAAGACCUAGGAGCUGUGCUUGCAGUAAGCUUCAGGCAUCGAUGGUGCUGGCCUCAGAGCAGUGUGAGGAGGUAUGCGUCACAGUGGCAUCGAGAACAGGAUGUGACAGCGUUGCUCCACAUGGAUUUCUGAGCCUUAGACCAGGGAAGGGAAGGGGCUCAGUCAUGUCCCAGAGGGAAGCUGAAGUGGCUGCUGGGUUUUUUAGUCUGAAGAAAAGGCAAAUGAAGUUGUUACAGGGAGAGAAAUGGGUCUCAUUUGGACCCCAAGAGGAAGCAAAGGAGUAAAAGGAGAAAGAUUGCAGUACAGGACAAGAACUUCUUACUCAGUAAAGCUGUACCCAGCCAGAAUAGGAUCCUAGAAGGGCAGGAAUCCAUCUCUUGAGAGGCUCAGUAAACUUGCUAGGAUAGUGCAGAGGAUUGAAGCAGUGAACACAGAUAAAAUAGAUGGCUUUUGGGAGGGGCAGGGAGAGUCACUGCCUAGAUAGUAGGCGCUUGCUAUCUUUGUGAUGGGAAGGGUAACACCAAAUGGGGGCAAAGUGCACACAGCUUGACCAAGGUAAAUGAUGUCACUGAGAUGUACACAAGAAAAAAGGGCCAGUUGAUUAUUUCUAUGGGAUAUACAAUUUUGAAAAAACAACCAAAAAUAUAUGUGUGGGUAUAUGCGUAUGUACGUAGACGUAAAUAUGCAUAGGUGUGUGUAUAUGUGUGUAUAUACAGGUUAUGCAUCUAUGUGACUGUAAGUAUACAUAUUCAUGUAUAUAAUAAAGCACAUGUGGCAUAGUUAAACAGACUUCUUAGACAUAAGCAAACACCUCGCAGGACUGGAUUUCUGGGUUUGAAGGAUUAGGACCAUAGUCUUGUGGGACAUCUAGGUCAAUUGGUAUAAUAUAGUUCAUAACAUUAUGUUCUUCAUCCCACUUUGGUGAGUAGUAUCUGGGUCUCAAAAGCUUGUGAGCGGCCAUCUAAGAGACAACUGUUGGUCUCUACUCAUUCGGCCUGAAAGAGAAGGAACUAGUCUACAAGACAGUCCACACAAACCACAGCCUCAUCUAUCCUGAGACCAGAAGAACUAGGUGGUGCUCAGGUGCUACUAGUGACCGUUCUAAUCAGGGCCACAAUAGAUGGACCCUGAUAGAAUGUGAAAAAAACAUGAAACAGAACCUUGGAUUUCUAAAACAAACAAACAAACAAAUCUACUAGACUGGACUGGUUGUACUGUGCUCCUUUAAAAACAUUGCCUAUGAGACCAAAUAGUCGACAAUUACUUUAAAACAAAGAUGAGAAUGUAAGGGGGCAGGGAAACUAAAUUAACAGAAAUGGAACAACCAGAACAGAAAUAAAAUGUUCGUGCAUUGUAAAGAGCGUAACCAAUGCCAUGAACAGCUUGUGUAGAAAUUGUUGAAUGGGAGCCUAAACUGCUAUGUAAACCUUCACUGAAAACACAAUAAAAUAUUAUAUAUAAUAAAAAAAGAAAUUACAGCCCAGAAAACUGCCACCCCGUGAGGUGCUAACAAGUGAAUACUGUAUGAAAAGCCCAGUGCCACAGAUUUUAGAGUGUUCUGUGGUUGGCAGAGCGUUUACUUUGAUGUGUGGCAAAUAAAAUCUAUGAAGACUUUUCUACUACUAAGGAAAUGUGGGCUGGGCGUAGACUUUUUAAAGCAGUCUUCAGGGUAAAGUACAGAGGGUAGACGCAGCUCUGUAUGACAAGCCAGUGCUGUACCCUAAGCUUAUUUUAAGUUUUAUUCUUAUUUCAUGUAAUACACACAGAGUUAUAUAAAAUUUCAUACUUUCAGUUCCAGCAUCUUGACCAAACUUGACUUUGGAAGAGAAGUCAAACACAUUUCCUGGCUCUAGGAGGGGAAAACAGAAUCUGGUAGAGGAGGGAUCCCGUUUCUUCAGUUUCUUCCUCUAGAGCAAGUUUUCUGACCUGGAAGAGAAGGGAGCUCAAAACUGUUACCUGACGAUGCUCCACUAGAGAACUUGAGGGUGUAUCAUUUCCCUAUAUUAAGACAGCAGCUUCUCGAUUGAAGAUUAUACUUUUAAUUUUCCUUAUUGCCCUCCUAGGAACAAGUAUACAUUUUUAGUAUAUACAACUUUUAUUUUUCCAUUGCCUCUAAGUUAAAAAUAUUUGCAUUAUAGUAGUUCACAGUAUUUCACAGUAAAAUGGUUUCAAUCAUUCCCUACUAUGAAAGAUGCAGAUUCUUAAAAAAAAAAAAAAAAACUGUCUUUUAAAAUCCAUUCACAUGU